CUGGGAUUUGAAUACGUGAUGUUCUGCAACCUCUCGGAGAAACGGGUGGUGUGCCUUUUCCAGCCAGGCCCUUAUCUGGAAGGGCCUCCAGGUUUUGUGCACGGGGGCUCCGUCGCGACCGUUCUCGACAACAACCUGAUAGGGUGUGCGUUCAUGACCGUUGGCGGGGCUCUAAUGGCUAACCUCAACAUCACCUUUAAGAACCCCAUCCCCCUGGGCUCUGUAGUCCUGGUGGAGAGCAAAGUGGAGAGAGUGGAAGGGAAGAAAAUGUUUACAUCUGGCCUCGUGCGGAGCCCCGAUGGGGAGACCAUUUACGCCAAGGCCACCGCUUUGGUCAUCCUAAUGGAGUCCAAGAAGUUCUCCCAUCUGUGAGUGGUUGCCGGGUCACCUUCUGAAGACUGCACACUCUGUUGUCUUGGCCAAAGCCAGUCAAACUCCCAGUAUGGAUCGCUCGCUUUCCCCUACGCUCCCGGAUCACCUACCACGGUCACCUGCUCCUGAUUCGAACUUGCCUGCCUCAGAUGUGAUCUGUCUGUUGCAGAGACGUGUUACCCUAAGGGGUUGUGAGGGUCUCCUGAGUUUGUUGGGGAAUUAGCCAGGAAACCCAAAGAAUGCGAAAGCAAGUAAUCAAACAGGAUCUCCAACCUACGUUUAUGGGGAUUUUUCCCUCAGUAGAACUCUCAAAAUGAACCAGGCCGUGAUGAAUGAAAUGGUUUUUAUUAAAGAGAAUUAAAGACUAAAAUCAAGAACUUAUCAACUGAAGAGCACUCUAUAAACACACAUAGAAGUUCAGAAAAUAAAGGUGGUAGCUUACAGGGACAGAGAGGGGAACUUAUUUUACGGGACUAUAUUUACCUAUCCAAGGAAUCAGAGAUCUGAGAAGGAUGAGACGUCUCUGUGACACCCUCCUUAUUCUGGAGGACUGGUUUCCCUUUAAAAGUGCUCUUUAUUUUGUUCUACUAGGGUAUAUCC